AUGUGGGAGAAUAGGGUGACGCAGGUUUUCACAGCGGUCCAUUCGCCGCAGGCCAAUGCGUCGGAAAGGGUGAAUAGGUCCGUCAUUGCAGGAUCAGAAGGGACGUACAAGCUCAUGAGAGAGCUAGGUAUCAUGGAGGACAGCGAAAUCAGACUGUCCAAGGAGGACUCGUUGGAGGUGGCACGCGCUCAAGCGCAGAAGGCCUUAGCGAGGCAGACGGAGAAGAAUGAAAGGCUUUAUAAUGUGCGUUCCAGAGAGGUUGCAUAUCGAGAGGGCCAAGAGAUCUUCAGGAGAAAUUUCAAGCAGAGUAACUUCGCUGUAGGAUACAAUGCCAAGCUUGGGCCUAGGUAUGUUAAAGCAAGAGUUCGGAAGAGAACAGGAAGGGCUACUUACGAGCUGGAGGACAUGCAAGGGCGAGCGAUAGGUACCUAUCAUGCCAAAGACUUGAAGCAGUAG